AUGCCUCUCAAACUCUUGAUCGUCAUCGAGCCCAAGCAAGGCAAAGAACAACGAGUUGAUGAACUCCUCGCCUGGCUCGUCAAAGAAAUCGAGGCAGAGGAGCCCGAUGUCACCAUCUAUCAGAUCCGAAGCACUAAUGACUACAAGAAGGGCGUGAAGACCAGCAUUGUCCACAUGCAGAUCACGGACGAAGCUGCGCUAGAGGCGAGGAGGCAGUUGCCACAUCAUCAGGAGCUUACCAAGAUUCUGAAGAAUGAGGAAUUGUUGACAGAAUUGAAGUACAUGAAGAUGAGUGGCGCGGGUGGCUUCAUACGGGCGCCGCCGAGCUAG